CGGAAGUGGGCGGGGCGCUGUGGGACGGGAAGAUGGCGGCGCCCUCGGCCCCGCGCCCGCCCCGGCCCCGCAAGGAGCCGCAGCCGCUCGUCAUCCCUCGCAACGCCGCCGAGGAACAGCGCCUCCGCCUCGAGCGCCUCAUGAGGAACCCGGAAAAGACUGUACCAAUUCCUGAGAAGCUGAAUGAGUGGGCACCACGGCCUCCCCCGGAGUUUGUCAGAGAUGUGAUGGGUUCCAGUGCUGGAGCUGGCAGUGGGGAGUUUCAUGUGUACCGGCAUCUUCGGCGCCGCGAGUACCAGAGGCAGGAUUUCAUGGAUGCCAUGGCUGAGAAGCAAAGACUAGAUGAGGAAUUCCAGAAGAAACUGGAGAGGAAUAAGAUGAUUGCAGAAGAGCAAACAGCAAAACGCAGAAGGAAGCGCCAGAAGCUAAAAGAGAAGAAACUGCAAGCUAAGAAAAAUAAACUUGAACAAAAGAAGCAGGAAAAAGAGUCUGAUCAGUCUCAAGAGCGAGUCAGCAGUGAGGAUGACGAAGAGGAUUGCAAGGAGGAGGAAGAGAAGGAAGAUGAUGCUGAGGAACCAAGUUUUGUGAUGGGAAGAGGAUGAGGCUUCUGAGGGACAGCAGGAAACGCCAUUCAUUGCUUUACAUGCAGAAGCAUGAAAGUCUUUCAUCUCAGCCAAGCAGAACCCAUUGGUGAACGUUGUAUCUGCUUAAUGGUGAAUGACCUUCGCAUCGCAGGCCCGAGAGAUGUCGAUAGAGAAAUGCCAAAUAAGAGAUUUUUUUCUUAAUUGCUUGUGUAACUGCUGUGCAGUCUGCUCUGUUUGCUCUAACGAGUCAGCCAUAAGUCUCUGUGACCUUAGAGUUCUUUCUGACGUGGCCCAGAGUGUUUUUCUGUCUGAAAACUAAAACACACCCAUUACCAUUUAAGGAAAAUAUUACUGUGAGGACUACAUAAUCUAAUGUUGUCAAAGCUGGUAGCAACCAGAUACCUGAAUCUAAGGGCAGAGUUCAGGCUGAAAUAGAAAAGUGGUCUGUAGCCAGGCUGUCAUGCACUGUGAGUGUUCUGAAUCUGGGGAUUUGUAUGGGGUCAUCUCUAACCCAAAGAAAUCAGUUUAUGUUCUAGACAAGUUCUAUAGAUUUUUAAGCCAGAUCCCUUUUCUAUUGCUAAAACUUUCCCUAUUACUUUUCUUCCAUGUUUUUUAAAUUAAUAAAAGGGAUGUGUUGGAU